AUGACAUCUCAGAUGGAGUUUACUUCUUAUGCCUUUCAAAGAACAUGGAGUACAGAUAUCAUCCAUGGUGCUCUAUCCUUCACAGUUCAUUCCAAAGACGUUCCAGGAUUUCAACAAUUUGCUGGAAGCAUAAACCCUUCCCACUCAAAAGGAGAUGGUUUUAUGAGGGAUUUCUGGCAGCAUGCCUUCAUUUGCAGAUUCCCAAAUUCAGUUCAGCGCCAGGAGACUGAUGAUAUCUGCACUGGGGAGGAGAAGCUGGAGAGCCUUCCAGGAUCUUUUUUUGAAAUGAGCAUGACUAGCCACAGCUACAGCAUCUACAAUGCUGUCUAUGCUGUGGCCCAUGCUGUACAUGCCAUCAAGUCAUACCAAAAAAAGCAUAGCGCAAUGGCAAAUGGAGAAAGCCUGGAUUUGUCAGGCCAGAAACAAUGGCAGCUCCAUCACUUUCUCAGAGAUAUCUCAUUUAACAGCAGCAAUGGGAACCAAGUUUUCUUCAACAGGAACAGGGAGAUAGUAGCAGGAUUUGACAUCAUGAACUGGAUUAUUUCCUCAAACCAAACUUUUCACAGAGUGAAAGUUGGCAGGAUAGAUCCUCAGGCUUCCCCAGAACAACCAUUUGCCAUCAAUGAUGAAGACAUAACAUGGCCAAGCUGGUUUAACCAGACACAACCUGUUUCUGUAUGUACGGAGAGCUGUCAGCCUGGAUACAGCAAGAAAGUGAAAGAAGGGAAGACAUUUUGCUGCUAUGAUUGUACCCCAUGUCCUAAAGGGAAGAUUUCAGACCUGAAGGACCUGAAUGACUGCAGUAAAUGCCCAGAUGAGAAGUAUCCAAAUGAAAACCAGGAUUUGUGUAUUCCCAAGGAUACAAGUUUCUUGUCCUAUGAAGAACCUUUGGGGAUCACUUUAGCCUUUUUUGCUCUUUCCUUUUCUUUGAUUACGUUGCUGAUACUGGGUACUUUUCUGAAGCACCACAACACUCCCAUUGUCAGAGCCAACAACCGGAGCCUCACCUACACUCUGCUCAUCUUCCUCCUGCUGUCCUUCCUUUGUGCUUUGCUGUUUAUUGGCUCUCCUGGGAAGGUCCUAUGUCUACUCCGACAAACUGCCUUUGGCAUUAACUUCUCAGUGGCUAUUUCUUCUGUGCUGGCAAAAACCAUCACUGUGGUUCUGGCUUUCAUGGCCACCAAGCCAGGAUCCAGCAUGAGGAAGUGGGUGGGGAAAAGACCGGCCAAUGCCAUUGUUCUUUCUUGCUCCCUUUUCCAAGCAAGCUUCUGUGCUGUGUGGCUGGUAACAUACCCCCCAUUCCCAGAUGUUGACAUGCAUUCAAUGGCUGAACAAAUUGUAUUGGAGUGUAAUGAGGGGUCCGUGAUUAUGUUUUACAGUGUCUUAGGCUACAUGGGCUUCUUAGCCGUUGUCAGCUUCACGGUGGCUUUCUUUGCCCGGAAGUUGCCUGACACAUUCAAUGAAGCCAAAUUGAUCACUUUCAGCAUGUUGGUGUUUUGCAGUGUUUGGUUAUCCUUUGUUCCAGCCUAUUUGAGUACUAAAGGGAAAUAUAUGGUGGCUGUGGAGAUCUUCUGUAUCUUAGCCUCUAGUGCUGGGCUGCUGGGUUGCAUCUUUUUCCCCAAGUACUACAUAAUUUUGCUACGGCCUGAACUGAAUGUCAGGGAACAGCUAGUAAGGUGGAAGGUUUAA